AGGUGAUCUACCGUCUACCACAAGAAGAAGACCAUCUGCACAUGCGCAUCUAGUCAUCUUGUACUAAAUGGAUGUGUUUGAAAUGUCGUCCUGAAACUCUGCUUAGUUAAAGUUAAAGACAUGCAGGGAGAUAUUGUCUAACAUUAACCUGCUAGUAUCGUUUGUAGAGAGCGGUCACUAUGGACUGUAACGUUGAUGGUGCUGAUGAUGAUGAGGUAGAGACUGAGAGAUCUUCAUCUCCAGCUGGACUACAGUCUCCUGUGAUGGACAGGAACCCAUCACCUCCUCCAGACACAGCCGAUGGACACGAGGACGGAGAUGUGGACGCUAUCGGAGACACAGUUUACAGCAAACACUGGCUCUUCAGCACCCUGACUCGGCUCAUCCAGAUGGUCACAGAGCAUUCGGAGGUGGACUCUGAAGGUCAGAUGCAGCUCCCUGAUGAUGAUGAGGAAGACCUGUGUAGAGUCUGGGAUAUGGCAAUGGAUAAGGAUGUGGCUGGUUUUCUGCAGGAAUUCAAAGCUACAGAUAUCCUUCUUGGGGUGAUAGCCAAAUCUCGCUGUCCACGUCUCACAGAAAUUUGUGUGGGAAUCCUCGGGAACAUCGCUUGUUUUCCUGACACUUGUUUGACUCUUAGCCAAAAUGAACCCUUAGGUGCUGUGCUGUUGCUUCUGCUAGGAGAUACAGAUCCUCCGACCCUCCUAGAAACAAGCAGAUUGCUGCUGACCUGCGUCUCUCAGAAAGAUGUCUGCUCCCUGUGGCUUCAGCGAAUACGUCAGCAGACGUCUGUGCGCUCCAACCUCUUUUUCAUCAUGUGCAGUUCUACCAACACUGACCUGCUUGAGAAGGUUGGAGAGCUGGUUGACAAGCUGUUUGACCUUGACGAAGAGCUGAUGAAGAGUUGGAUCACAGCUCAGCCAAGUGAAGAGGAGGAUGAUGGCGAAAGCCGUCUGGGUGUGGCCUCGUGUCUUCUCGAGGCAGCAAGGCAGCUUCGAUCAGAGAGUCCGAAUGGCUUAGAGGUUUACCUUCACACCCUCCAGCUCCUCACCACCAUAGAUGAGGGCAUUCAGACUUUUGCUGCCCCUGAUGGACCCGGCAUAGGAGUGUGGGACUUUGUCUGUGACGUUGUGUGUGAGGACCUCUGCCAGCCAACUGAUCUUCCAGUCGUCCUGCAAGAACAGAAGAGCAUUUUGGUUCAGGCGUUUGCUGUGCUUCAUGCUCUUUAUAGAUGCCAGGAUCAGUGGCACAGCAGAAGUGACGCAAGUAUUCCCCUCAUUGGAACCAUUUUGCGGGUGCUUCAGUUCCACGCCGAGGGCAAAGAUAACGGUACGAGCAAAGAAGACACAGAAGAUGAACAGCUGCAGACUCUAGCAGAGAUCACAGCUGAGUUUCUAGCUGACAUCUGCAUUCAGAUUCCCAAGGACACCGUGGCAGAUUUGGUGAAGGAAGGUUACCUUACAGAGAAGACUGCUCUCACAGCUGCCGGCAGUUUAGUUCAAAACUUUAAGACCUCAUUUCAGCACCUGCAGUCCGUGCUGUCAGAGGCUGAUCCCCAGAUGGCAGACAUGGUGAGAAAACGGUUUCCUGUCUGAGACGCCCAGCAGAUCAGUGUACAGCACUCAUCCAGACUCUCACCACGGCUUUUUAUAGCCACCUCCGUUUCCCCUCCAAAGAUCCUGCUUCAAGUCCGACUAUUUGGAUUUCCAUCGGAAAGACUAAACGAGGAUGUCACACCAUCACGAGAGGAGGACAGUGUGAAAAAUACUCUUUUUCAUAUUUGAAGCAACACUUUGUGAAAUUCAAUUGUGUUUAAAGUUUUUUUUUAUUGUUCUGUGAAUUCUAUUUUUGUAUUAAAUAAUUGACAGUCUUUCAAUAAAAAUAUUGUUCUUUUUC